AUGUAUCGACUGCUCUCCAACAUUAGUGGUCCCGCUCUGCGGUGCACAAAGCAACUUCAAUGGCGACAGUACACAGCUUCUGCAAUAGAAACUGAUAUCCGCACCCGUCUUUUGACCGGCUUGAAGACCUCCAUGAAAAGCAAGGACACCUUUGCCUCGACCACGAUACGUUCAAUUCUUUCGGAGGUCUACUCAGCAGACAAGGCCUCGCCCGAAUCGAAAAUACCUUCCGCCACCAUCGUCUCGAUUAUCAGAAAGGCCACUAACCGCCGUAUCGACUCCGCUGUCCAGUUUACCCAAGCGCAACGCCCGGACCUGGCUGAGAAGGAGCAACACGAGGCUGAUUUUCUGUCAUCCUUUCUCCCGCCCCUACUCCCUGAGUCUGACAUAGAUCACAUCCUGGGAGAGGUCAUUUCCGAGCAAACCGCUGAUGCUCAGAGUCAUCCUGGCAAAUUGCUAGGAAAGGUUGUCAAGGCAUUCUAUUCCAAGGUUGACAAGUCCAACGUAGACCCUACUCUGGUAAAGCGAAGGGCAGAAGCUUUGCUAUCUAAAUGA